UUUGACAUCAACUAAAUGGAGCACUGUGAGAAAAUAGAAAGAAAGACUAAUCCAAGGGAAAAUGCCAAUCUCCUUUCCUUGCUGACGUUCGUUUACACUGGUCAACUAUUUUCGAAAGCUUACAAACAUGAUCUCGAAGAGGAAGACAUAUACGAAGUGAUAAAAAGUUGUGGAUCGGAAAAGUGUGGCGAUAAACUGGAAAAAUGUUUCAAUACUGAAAAACAAAGAAAAAAACCAUCUACGGCUAGGAUGAUAUGGAAGUGCUAUGGCACUACAUAUAUCGGUUUGGGCAUGAUCCAUUUAUGUUUCAAACUCGUCAACAGUGUCUUAGAACCAGAAGCCAUAGGAAAGCUAGUUUCCUAUUUUAAGCCCAAACAGACUACUGUAACCAUAUAUGAUGCAAUGUACUAUGCAGGGAUUAUGAUUGGACUCAAAAUUUUGCAUUGCUUCUAUUUUCAAAACUACAUGAUCUACCUUAAGCAACUGGCUAUCCAAAUACGGACUGCCUUUUGUUCGCUAAUCUACAGGAAAACCUUGAAACUCACACCAUCUGCAUUGCUAGACGUAAGUGUAGGGAACAUAAUCACGAUAGUGACCAAGGAUGUUCAACAGUUUGAAUCUACAAUUUGGCUCUUCAACGAAUUGUGGAUUGCUUUAAUUCAAACGGCGGUCAUUUGCUAUUUACUCUACUCCAAAAUUGGUAUCGCAUCUGCAGUUGGUAUAACACUGUUACUGCUUUCAAUACCUUUACAGUUGUAUAUAGGAAAAGUCAUAAAACGUAUGCGAUUAAAGAUCAACAGAAAAACUGACGAGCGUUUGCAAGUGACCCAGGAAAGUUUGUCUGCAAUUAAGAUAAUUAAAAUGUAUACGUGGGAGAAAAUUUUUGGGCAAAAAAUUGACUUUGCGAGAAAGAGGGAAAUGAAACAGUUGAUGACGGCAUUCUAUUUAAAGAUAGUGAUGUCCCUGAUAACGAUGCUGUCUUCAAAAAUUGGUUUCUAUUGCCUGGUUGUGACCUACAUUUGGUUGAAUGAGAGUACCAGCGCCGACGUUAUGUUCUACAUCAUGAAAUGUUUCGUGACGUUAAAACAUGUCAUUGGUCACACAGUCUCAGAUGGCAUGUCGAGAAUGGCAGAACUUUCAGCCUCUCUGGACAGAAUAAACAGGGUGCUGAGAGCCGAAGAACUGAAAGAAGCCACUGAAACAAAUGUUGAGGAUCCUACAGUAUUCUUGAAAAACGCCAGAGUUUGUAUUAAAGACAAAACUGUACUUGAAAAUAUUACUGUAAGUCUUCAGAAGGGUCUUACAGUGAUAACUGGUCCAUUAGGGUGCGGUAAAAGUUCUCUUGUUAAAACUAUUCUGCAAGAUUACCCUUUAAGUGGAGGAAUUGUUGAAACCAGUGGAAGAAAAAGCUAUGCUUCCCAAGACCCUUGGCUUUUUCCAUCUUCCAUCAAGCAAAAUAUAUUGUUUGGAGAAGAGUACAAUGAGAAAAGGUACCAAGAAGUUGUUAGACGUUGUGCAUUGGAAUACGACUUCAAACUCCUUCCAAACGGUGAUGAAACGAUUGUAGCAGAUAAAGGUUUGAACUUAAGUAAAGGCCAGCAAGCUCGUAUAAACUUAGCUAGAGCAGUAUACAAAGACGCUGACAUAUAUCUCGUAGAUGAUUCCCUGACGGCUUUAGAUCCCCAGGUUCAAGACUUCAUCUUUCAAGAGUGCAUAAAACGUUUCCUUAAAGGCAAACUCUGCAUUUUGGUUACGCACAAUGCAAAACAUAUUAACAGUGCAGACAGAGUUGUAAUUUUGGAGAACGGAACUAUCAAAUUUCAAGGAAAUGAGGAUAAUUUACCUAACGACAUUUUGUCGAAUAUAGAAGACACUAAUGUUAAAGAUGGUACCAAGAAAGUUGUAGAAAAUGAAAUUAUCGAAGAUGAAAAGACUGUGUUACUGAAAUCCGAACGUAAUCUUAGGAAGAAAGGCGUUUAUUUUGAAACAAAAAAGGAAGGCAGCGUCAGUGGUGAUGUUUAUUGGAAAUACUUUAAAUUUGGUGGUGGCAUUUUACUUUUUGGCCUAAUCAUAUUGUUAUUCUCAGCAUGUCAGUUCACAGAAAGCUAUACUUCAAAAUUGUUGUCACAUUGGGUUAAUGUACAACAAAAUAUUACAUCAUACAAAGAGGCAAAAGGUCAAGACUCCCAAACUACUGGACUAUUAGAAGAAUACGCGACAAACUCCAACAGCACCCUAAGAAUGUAUUCAGUGAUGAUCUUUUCAUUCAUAACUCUGGAACUGAUAAAAACCUAUUUCGUACUGACAUUUGCCAGAAGGGCUUCAGUUAAACUACACAAAACUAUGGUGGAUAGCAUUUUAUUUUCGGUUAUGCAGUUUUUUGAUAGUCACUUCAUCGGAAACAUUUUAAACAGAUUUGCUCAGGAUCUCAACGUUGUUGAUGAAAGGUUACCACUUGUUCUAAAUCGUCUCAUUGAGGUUAUGUUUGCUGUUGGCGGUAUAGUCAUUUUAAUAGCAGUUGUGAACUGGAAGUUCUUCCUUCCUUCUUUAGCUUUAAUAGUUACUUUAAUGGCAUGCCGAAAUAUCUACAUGCCAGCAGCUAGGAGUUUGCGGAGACUGGAAUCUGCUUCGAGAAGCCCUAUCGUAGGACACCUGAACGCGUCUGUAGAUGGACUUACAACAAUACGAGCCUCUAGAGCUGAACGCAUUUUAACCAAAGAAUUCGAUAGGCAUCAGGACCUGUACACAUCAGCUCAUUACACAUCAUUUUGCCUCAAACGGGCCUUCGCGUUUUGUAUGGACGUUACUUCGACAAUAUUUGUAUGCAUCAUAAUCAUUAAGUUCUUGUUUCUCGACUCAGGCACUGCUGCUGGAGAUGUUGGGUUAGCCAUAACGCAAGCUGCGUCUCUAUCCAUGAUAAUUCAAGGAGGUCUAAUGCAAUGGUCCGAGCUAGAAAACCUUAUGACGUCAGUAGAGAGGGUUUUAGAGUACACUAAAUUGGACAUAGAGAAUCCUACAGGCCAAGAGGUUGAAAAGUGGCCCAGUUUAGGUGCAAUAAAGUACAUAAAUGUAUCCCUAACAUACUCAAACACUAACGAAAAAGUACUGAAAAGUAUUAACUUCCACGUGAAACCUAGACAGAAGAUAGGAAUAGUUGGCAGAACCGGCGCUGGCAAAACUUCUAUCAUAUCCACCUUGUUCAGACUGUACAACUACGAAGGUCAGAUACUCAUAGAUGAUGUUGAAUUAAAGACUAUCCCUUUGACGUUUCUAAGACAACACAUUUCUAUAAUUCCACAAGAUCCCAUAAUGUUUGCCGGUACAAUUCGGACCAACAUAGAUCCUUUGCAACUUUAUACCGAUAAGAAAAUUUGGAAGACCAUUCACAAAGCCCGACUGCAAAACGUGAUACAUAGCUUGGACCUGAGGAUAACCUCCAACAAUUCCAAUUUCAGUACUGGUCAGAGACAGCUGAUCUGUCUGGCCAGAGCGAUUAUCAGAAGUAACAAAAUCGUCGUUUUAGAUGAAGCCACAGCUAAUAUGGAUCCGGAAACUGAGCUUUUAAUUCAGAAGGUCAUCGCAGAAAAUUUCGUGAAUUGUACAGUUCUCAUCAUUGCUCACCGGUUGAAUUCUGUUUUGAGUUGUGACAAGGUCAUGGUAAUGGAAAAAGGCGUGAUAAAAGAGUUUGAUAAUCCUAUUACUCUACUACACGAUAAAACGAGUAUGUUUUCGAAGAUGCUGCAAAAUACCACUGAUUAGCUCUUAAUAAAAGAAUAGAUAGUCAAUACGCUUCAUAUUACAAUGUCUUGAAAUUACUAUUAAGAAGUAAAAUGUUUUCAUGAGGUUUUUAGUA